AUGAGCACUUCACCUAAUAUCAUGUGCCGUCUAUUUGAAUUACCAUUAAUCGCCAGUACUUGGGAAUUUAUCCAAAAUAAAUAUCGUCAACAAAAAGAGCAAUAUCCUCUUCUCAAAUAUACAUUAAUAGUGCCUGAGCAAACAACGAUUUUAAUUAACAGACAGCUUAUUCAACCAAUUUAUAUUCGUCAUCGACACAAAGUUAAUGAUGUGGACACAUUUUUAUGCCAUCAAUUAGAAACAAUCAAAUGUUAUUGUCCAAUACUACAAGAAACAAAAGAUCAAGUAGUCGGUCGCUAUAGUGAUUUAAUCUAUUCAAUUAAACUGAACCAAAGUGAAUAUUCGGAACAAUUAGAUAAUAGCCAAACAGCUCAUUAUUCAUUCUCAAAAUCACACAAUAAUAUACGUAAUAAUUCAAAAUUCAUUGUUAAUUUAUGGAAAGAAAGUUUAUCAAUCAUAACCAGUUUACUACUUAUGUUUGAAAUGUACGCACAGAAUAUACAAAAUGAAUUAGGCGAUGCUCUCAAUGGUUGUCAAAUGUUAUGGCAAAAUUUAAACAUGGAAGAUGGCCGAGCGUUAGAUGAUGUUCAAUCAUUUCAAGAAAAACUCAUUUUACUCGGUCGUCGAAUGAUAGGAAAUUAUCGUGUAUUCAUGUAUUUGAUUCGAGGACACAUAAAACGUGUUCGGCGAACCUCUGAUCAAUGUAUUAAAAUUCAACAAUAUUUUCGUCUCAUAUUAUGGAAUAUUAUACAAAAGUCAAUAUUUGUUAAAAUCAAUAUGAUAUUCAAUAAUUAUGUCCGAAAUUGUUUGAUAACAUUUAAAGAACGUGUUAAUCAAUGUCUUGAUACAAUAAUGUUAUAUGCAACAAAAAAUCCUUGGAUGAGAUGGACACCUGUUUCUGUCCAAAUUCAACAUUGUCAUUCGAAUGGUAUUAUCGUUGCAAAAACACAAUUAUCUGAAACAUACAAUAUUAAUUCACAAACGGAUCCACUGAAGGAAAAUAAUGAGAAUACAAAAAUUGAGUCAAAAGUAAUAAUAACAUCCCUGUACGAUGCCACUCAACCAAUGAAAAAACCAAAUAGUGAACCAGUUAUUUUUUAUUCAGCGAGUAUCAAUAGUGAAGAAGAAGACGAUGAUGUCGAUGCCCAUGAUAAUAUUAAUAUAAUCGAUAGUCAAAAUACGAAUGCUGAAAGUACGCCAAAGCAUGACUCAUCGCUAUUAUAUACGACCGCUUUUGAUUGUGUUCCACCCCCAUCAAUCAAGUCUCUCGAUUCAUCUGAAUCAUCAAAUAUUGACAAACAUAUUAUCGAUGAAAUUAAUCGAAGUUUGGAUGUUAGAGAAAUUCUAUUGAAGGUUGAUACACAACUAAGUCAAAUGAAUGAAACAAAUUCUACAUUAUACGAUGAGAUUGAACAAGAAGAUGAGAGUAUAGCGAUAAAAAAAGUGUUAAAAGAAUUAAAUAAAACGAAAAGUUCAUCGACUAAUUCAACAGGAUUUUCUUUGCUUAAUUAUUCAGCGACAAUGGCGAGUGGAAUCGAUGUACAGAAUGUUUAA